UUUUAUGCUCUACUCAAGAAUAUUUCACUUAUACGACGGAGAUCAGCCUUAUGGUGGAGGAAACCGGGCAAAGCCCAGAAGAAACCCACGACCAUCCGCAGCCUGCAGACAGACCUUCCCACUUGCGCUGAAUAGAUUUCACAAAAAUAUAUUUUAGGGCAAUCAAUAUUUAUUCUGAUUAUCCGAGUACAAUAUUAGAUUUGCCGUUCUAUGGGUUUAGUUACAGAAUAGAUUUCACAAAAAAUGUAUAGUAGCUUAAUCAAAUUUUAUUCUGAGUACCCGAGUACAAUUUUAGAUUAGCUGUUUAGUUACACAUAACGUUACAUCAAUACAUUUCACGAAAAUGCGUUUUAUUGUUCAAAAUUAAUUUCCAUCACAUCAUUAUACCGUUUCAAGUCCACCAUAGAAUCUAAAUAUUUAAGAUGCAUUGCACGUCCUCAAUUCCCAUCGAUGACCAUUUGCUUCAUUUGACAUGCAUAUAUCCUUGAUUCAUAUAUACGUGUCUGUCCUGUUUUACAGUUCCUGGUCUUCCUGAAGCCUUUAAUAACAGAUCACCAAGAAGUAGAUGAUUUCUGUAAAUAUGCUGAAAAACUAUUCAACAAGUGUGAUGAAAGUUUUAGAGAAUCAUCAGACUUUAAAAAGCUAGUCCAGUCUACGAGGUCCGCUAUCAGCAAUGACAAGCAGAGGGUGUACGUCCAUAUUAUGGACUUUGUGCAAGAGUUAAAGGCCCAUGGCAAAUACUCCGCCGAGAUAAACGGUAAAAAUAAGAUGAAUGUCAAACAUAAACGUAGAAAGAGGGAUCGUGGAAAAAGCUCUGGUUCAGACUCAGGGGAGUUAUCGAAGAAAAAGGCGAACCGUGGCAAGGGAGUAUUGGAUGUACCGGUAGAUGCACCAGACUAUGAGCUAGUCUCUAAAAAUAACGGUGAAUCCCCCCACACGCACAGCACAUGUUCUCCUUCUGCCAGCCCUGCUAAAAAAUCCAAACUGGACAGCGAUGCGGCAGAGUCUGACAAGGUCUGGAUCGUCUUAAAACGUAACACAACUCCAGGGACUGGAUCAAGUUCUGAAGUCACCAAAAGAGCUAAUGCCACAGACGGUCAACUUCCUGUUCAGAAAGAUGCGGACAGUCCUUUGGGCACCGUGGACGAUGGCAGUGAGUGCCAUUCUUCACCAUUUACUGCUGGUUCAAGUACUUCGAAGUUGAUCCCUAGACGUGUAAAUCUUCAGCCCGCGAAGGUAGAAUCGGUGUCUACCCCAAUCUCGAUCUUUAAAUGUGUAGACCCUCCCUCGGAGCUGGCUUCCACACCUAACAGGGCGACAGAAAAUACACCAUUUAUCCAGAAAGAAAAGAAUUUUGCUUCAGUUGUUAAUGAUAAAAAGGAAUAUAGAAAUUCCUCGUCAAAGCCAGCUUCAACAUCUAAGGAGAAAGUGAAAGUGAAACCAUCUUACAGCAAAGAUCAGCAUACUGUUAAUGGUGCAAAUGCCUCGCCAAGUCCACGGUCAACAUCUAAACAGAAAGCGAAAAUUAAACCCUCUUGCAGCAAAGUUCAGAAUGGUGUUCAGGAUGCAAAUACUUCGUCUAAUCCCGGGUCAGCAUCUAAAAAGGAAGCGAAAAUAAAACCAUCUUGCAGCGAAAACCAGGAUGAUAAAAAAACAGAUGUCAGUGAGAAACAUAUCAGACAACAGGAGAUUUAUCUGGCAGAAUUGAGGAAUAUAAUAGAAAGGUUAAAAAAGCAGGAGAUGUCGUUAGAUGAGCUGGAUGAUGAGAACUCGUGUUACAUGUGCGAGGACAAACUGGAGAGGAAGUUCGUCAAAGUCUGGGAAAAGUUAUGUGAGCUUAAGGGGAGGCGGAAAACCACAGGUCGACCCGUCGAGAAGCGGUUGAGAUUUGAGGGUACCAGAUUCCCGGAGAUAAACAAGAAAAUCAGACGACUUAUUAACAAGAAAAACAUCUUUCCUGAGCUGCAUGACAUCACAGAUAUCAUCAUGAAAGUUAACAAGACUGAAAAUCUCUGUUUGUCUUCGGAGAGGGUGAAGGAUAUUUCAAACUCCACCUUUCAGGACGUGGGAUAUCUUCUCAAGGAACGACGCCGGCAGGAUUUUUUGAUCACCUUCAACUGCCGAUUGCCUGAUUGUGUGAACUUAUAUGAUGACCCAGCAUUGACAGACCCUGAACUAGAGGCCAAACUGGAGAGAAAUCGGUUAGAGGGCGAUAAGAAGCUGAAUGAGGUGUUCCUUAAAUACGUGCGAGAACAGGAGUCUGAGGAACUGGCUAAACAGUCAGGAAAAGAGAAACGCGAGAUGUCCUGCUCACCGACCAAUGAGGAGAAAGAAGAAGUGUGUGUACCGAAACUUUAUGAAGUGUUGAGUGAAACAGUUGAUGACCAAAGGGGAGAUAAUUCGACUGAAAUGGAUGUAGGAGGAAACGACGGGAUGAUGGAUGUAAUCGAACUGUCCACAGACGAAGACAAGGACGUUGACGAUGCUCAGUCAGAUGAGGACAGGGAAAACGACAAAGACACUCAACUGCCGAGAAAUUUCGCGGCGUCCUACAAUCGAAAGAAGAAUGCAGAAAAUCAUGACAGCCAAAUGUAGUCUGUUGAUGUGAUGUUAAAUAUUGUUGUGACGUCAUUAAUUAUUAUGCAUAGUGACAUAGGUACUAGCACAAGCGCAAUGGAAAGAGCGAGCAGAAAUAUGGAUAUUAAGUAUAUACUUGAUUAGUUAUUUCUGUCUGAGAAAACGCUGGCAUAAAUGGCAGAGUCCAUUGCGUCUUCCACCUUUAACACCCUGUAAUUUAUGCCGGAGGUGUGUUGCCUCUCAGCCUGUGAGAGUUUAAGGUAAAGGCCUCUGAAAUUCAAUAGGUAUCACUAAAUAGACCACUUAAAAUUAUGUAUAAAUGUACUUUCAUUUAUUUAUUUUUUUUUUUUAGAUUUUUGUGAAGAGAUUUAAAGGCAUCCAAAAGGUAUUCUACGGUGGGCUUUAUGGACCAUAAUAUCAGAAUUUAGGAACUCUGACUUCUGAGGAAUUUUUUCCAACUCUAAUCACGACACUGAAUUUUGAAAUAACUCUUUUUACCUAUAAAUAAAGUAUUACUGAAAUGAUGCUCCCAAAAAUUUAUGUCUUCUGGUGAAUAUCAGGAAAA